CUGGUGGGCCCCUGGGGUCCCAGUCCAACACUGGCUUCUCCUGAAGGUCAUUCAGGCAGAGAAGGUGCAAGGGUCUGAAGCUUUACCCCUGUCAGAGAUGCACAGCUUGCUAUGGGGUAAAAAGCCCCAUGGUUUGGCCUUAAGGGGCAGGGUUUUAAUCUUAACAUAUGUGGCUACGGAGCUAUAAAAUGAGCCUGACAGGUUCAGUUGGGUUGAGGUCAGGGCUCUGUGCAGGCCAGUCAAGUUCUGCUGCUCCCAUUUCAGCAAGCCCUUUCUGUACAGACCUUACUUUAGGCACAGGGGGGUCAUUAAAUCAAUAAAUGGGGGACUCUUAAGCUUUCUAUUGAGUGGCAGUGACCAGCCCAGCUAAGUUCGUUGAGCCUGCCCAUACCCUGCCAGUAAUUGUCUCUCUGGCCCACUAAUCCAGCCACGCCUGAAGCUCUACAGAUGGGACAGAUAGGGAUAGACAGCAUGGCAGCGCCGAGAGGGACAGCUAUGGAGGAAUGUGGGAGGUGUGUAAUGGGGAUAUUGCAUGGAGCACACGUUGGAACUUGUGAGGCAAUGAGAGGGCUGUGCUGCUUCCUUGUUUGCUAAUACAGGUACUCGCCCUAAUAGGAGCCAGUGAGCAGCGCUGCACAUCUCCGGCAAGGGAUGAUCUCCGUCAGCGAAGUUGUCUCCCUCGCCGAAUCCCAAGCGCAUUUCAAGGCGCUGAAACCAUGGUGGGACGUUCUCAUGGACUAUCUCGUCGUAAUAAUGGUUAUGGUCUCCUUCUUUUCGGCCACGCUGCUCAUCAUCACCGACAAAGUGGUGUGCAUGCCAGUAAGCACCAAGAGUGCCCCCACAGGUUUAGAAGCGGCUCAGUCUGUGCGCUCUCUGUCUAACACUGGGCACUCUGGUUACCUGACCAACCUGGAUUAUCAGCAAUACCUGUACGUCAGCGCUGUCUGCUACCAAAAUGUAGUGCCUUGGCAAUCAAAAUACUUCCCUUACUUGGCUCUUGUAACUACGUUGUCUCUCCUUUUCAGCAGCCAUUUCUGGUUUAAGUACCCAAAGACAUCCUCCAAAAUUGACCAUUUCCUUUCUAUAUUAGCCAAGUGCUUUGAAUCACCUUGGACCACUAGAGCCCUUGAGGAGACCACUGACCAGCAACCUCACCUUGUCCGGCAAAAGUCUAGCUGUUCCCGUUCGGUGCCGUACACCCCGAGAACACCUCUUUUACGCAAAUCUCCAUUUUCACUGAUACAGACCCCAGUGCCGUCCAUUAUGGAUAAAAAGGAAGAAGAACAGGCCAAGGCGUUGUUUGAAAAAAUACGCCAUUUCCGCUCCUAUAUUGAGGAUUCUGAUAUAGUAUACAGAGUUUAUACAGGCCAAACCGUCAUUAAAAUGUUGAAGGUUGUUGUAGUGCUUGGCUACACAUUUAGCCUCAUAGGAACAUUCAGCUUCCAGCAUAUUUGCAAGCCGGCGAUACAACCCCUUAUGGGUUAUACUAUUUUUAAUUGCACCCACAAUUUGGCUUUUAUCCUGGAGAAACUGUUGUUGACUUACAUUCUCCUUGUGUCUCUAUAUACGUGCCUAUUGGCCUAUGCCUUGUUUUGGCUGUGCAGCCAUUCGCUGAAGGUAUACUCCUUUGAAAAGAAGCAAGGUGGUGCUGAAUUAGGAGACAUUCCUGACGUCAAAAAGGAUUUUGCCUUUCUGCUGCACAUGAUCGACCACUACGACUCCUUGUAUUCGAAAAGAUUCUCAGUGUUCCUUUCGGCCGUAAGUGAAGGGAGACUGAGAGAGAUGGAAUUAAAUUCAGAGUGGACAAUGGAAAAGCUUGGGGAGUUUGUGACCAAGGACACUCGCGGCAGGCGGGAGUUGCAGCUCUCCAUGCUUCCUGCCAUACCCAAAGCUGUUUAUAAUCUGACUGAGGUUGAAGUCCUCAAACUGGAGCUGAUCGCCUCAGCGAGGAUCUCAGGAGCCGUGUCGAGACUAAGUGCCCUUACUGAGCUCCACCUUAUUCACUGCUCCACUAAAAUGGAUACAGAUGCAUACUGUUUCCUACAGAAUAAGCUGAAGGUGCUUCACAUAAGGUUCACUGACUUGGAAGAGAUUCCUCCAUGGAUUUACAACUUAAAGAGUCUUCAAGAGCUCCAUCUCUCCGGCAACCUCAACUCGUCAAAUAACAAAUCGAUCCGUCUGAAUUCAUUGCGGGGCCUUACUCACCUUAGAGCUCUUUCACUCAACAGCAAUGUGCAACACCUUCCCUCUGCCAUCUUAGAUGUGGCUGGACAGCUGUCUAAGCUGAGCAUACAAAAUGGAGGAACCACGCUUGAUGGCCAGACUCAGUUAAAAAGGAUGAAACAACUUUUGGAAGUGGAACUGCAGGAUUGCCAGAUAUCAAAAAUCCCAGGGGUACUAUCCAGUUUGUUAAGCCUCCAAUGUAUAGAUUUAUCAUCCAACUUAUUGAAUGUGGUGAAUGAAAUAGGAACCUUUCAGCGUCUCCGGGGUCUAACUAUUUUACGGCUGAACCAUAAUGCUAUUGGUUGCCUACCUCCAUCUAUUCAACACCUGCAUAAUCUGGAGGAACUCUCCAUCUCCCACAACAGGCUAGAAACCAUACCCACGUCUCUCUUUUCUCUUGUAAGACUUAGGAAUGUUGACAUUAGCCACAACAAUAUUAAAGUCAUUCCUUUAGAAGUAGGGCAGCUGUCACGCCUAGAAUGGUUUGCAGUCACUGGUAACCAGAUCUCAUCGCUGCCCCAUGAACUGUGCCGUUGCACUAGACUCCGGUCUCUUAAGGCUGGCUUCAACAAUCUUUCAAGUCUUCCCACAGUGUUUAAUAAGCUCACUCUCCUUUCUACCCUGGAGCUGGCCGGGAACCAUCUCAUCUCCUUGCCUGUGGAGAUUGCUUCUUGCUCCUUGCUGCUGAAGGGGGGCCUCAAUGUAGAAGAGCAUGUUCUAAAAGCUUCGCCCUUGGAGAUCAAAAGAAAAUUCUUGUGCAAAGUGUAAAUACCCUUUCUGACUGGCUAACAUGGUUGGACACCUUUACUUGGAAUUAUAACUAUCCAGAUAUGCAUUCAAAGCGGGAAGGGGAGGGGGUUUAGAUGGCAUCUUGAUUGUCAUCUGAAGUCCUAAAUGGUUCACCCCACGAAAACUCUUGUCUUUUUACAUUGCCAUUGCCCUUAUUUUUGCCAAAGUUCCUUAUUCCACCGCUCUCCCCUGAUCCCUCACACACCAAGGAAUAAUCAGUGGGGCAACAAGGUGUACCUGCACUGAAGCAAUGCACUCUAUUCAAGCAAUGGGCUAAUCUGCAACGGAAAUCAUUUUGAUACAUAUAGGUAUAUUUAUUGUAAUUACUUUGAAACACUCUCAUAUUUUGGUGUUACUGUUCCUUUAAAGACAUAUAGUCAAAAACAUCAGGAAAUUCCUUCUCAUGAACGGAGUUGGCUAUUAACCAGUGUUAACUUGCCUUGGGCCAUUGUACCUUCCCAGGCAAAUUUCUACUACUGAAAUUUUGUAAUUAAGAGAUACUUAUUUAUUCAGUUCAUUUAUGUGGGUCAUUUUAAAAUAUAUUAUUGCUGGUAUGCUUUUUAA